AUGGCUGACAACGAACAGAAAGCGAUGCAAUUGUUAAUGGAGGCCGAGAAGAAGCUGUCUUCCAAGAGCUUCUUCGGUUCGCUGUUUGGGUACGUUUUGGCUACAUCGAUUUACUUGAACUCGUCCGCCACUCGAUUCUCCGAUCUCGACUUGCAUUAUUUAUUUACUUCGACGUGCGAACAAAAUCAAUCGCAAUACCUGCAAUUUUUGCACGAAGUUUAUUCCUUUAUAGUAGGCUUCUUCUAAUCGUUUGACGAAUCGUUCGUUUUUACGCAUUUGUAUGCCUGCAUUUCUAUACGUAGCAGUUACACCAGCAGUAUAGCGUGUCGCUAAAUUACGGUGCGUCACAAGGAACGUGUAAAUCGUUGAAGUACGUAACUCUCGAGUCACCAUUUCAAUUUGAUUUACUUUUUUUUCUAUAUAUCAAUUUUUUUGUUAUAUAUUUUAGUAAAUAUCAAUGUUUGUCAUUAGAUGACUCAACUGUUAUCAAUAGUUCUUUUUCAUAGUUAAUUUGUGUUACAAAUAAAUUUCAUUGAUUUUUUUAUGCUUUCAAUGCUCAGAGGGUCGUCAAAGGUCGAGGAAGCUGUGGAAUGUUACCAACGUGCUGCCAACAUGUUCAAAAUGGCAAAGAAUUGGAGCUCGGCAGGGAGUGCGUUCUACGAGGCUGCAGAGUUGCAUGUCAAGGCAGGCAGUCGUCAUGAUGCAGCUAACAACUACGUAGAUGCUGCUAAUUGUUUUAAGAAAACUGUUAUAAAUGAGGCAAUUAGUUGCUUGUUGAAAGCAAUUGAAAUUUAUACCGAUAUGGGCCGGUUCACAAUGGCCGCCAAACAUCAUCAAAACAUAGCAGAGAUGUACGAAAGCGAAGCUGUUGAUCUUGAGAGGGCAGUUCACCAUUACGAGCAAGCCGCUGACUACUUUCGUGGAGAGGAGAGCAAUUCAUCUGCCAACAAAUGUCUUCUGAAGGUUGCGCAGUACGCUGCUCAACUUGAAAACUAUGAAAAGGCUAUUCAAAUUUACGAACAGGCAGGUUACAUGUUUCUAGCAAUAAUUGAAAUUGUAAUCUGUAAAGAAAUGACUGUUGCUUCUGCAUCUUUAGAAAGUUCUCUGUUGAAAUAUAGCGCGAAGGAAUACUUCUUUCGUGCGGCGCUGUGCCAUUUGUGCGUUGAUGUGUUGAACGCGCAACACGCGAUCGAACGUUACCAGGAACAGUACCCUGCAUUCCAGGAUUCUAGAGAGUACAAAUUAAUAAAGACAUUAAUAGAACACCUCGAGGAACAACACCUCGAAGGUUUUACAGAAGCGGUAAAGGAAUAUGAUUCAAUUUCACGAUUGGAUCAGUGGUACACGACAGUAUUAUUACGUAUUAAAAAGCAAGUUAACGAUAAUCCAGAUCUACGCUGA